AUGAACGAGAGAUCUAGCGGCUCCAAAUCCCUCCGCAGAACCUCCCUCACAGCUGUCCAGAGCGGCUCAGCCCUUUCACCCCUUGUCCCUCACGAUCCCAGUGCUCCUGGUACCUGCAGUGACGAUCACCUGACCACUGCAAACAACAACGAGAAGCACGAGGGUAAAGCCAGAGACGAGGAUCAGGAUCGGUGCAGUGAGGAAGCGGGGGAACAGCUGUGGCGGCAGCAACAACAACAACGACGACGACAACAACAACAACAACAACAAGAAGAAGAAGAAGAAGAAGAAGAACAAGAGGAGGAAGAAGAACAAGAACAAGAGGAGGAAGAAGAGGAUAAGGAGCCGGGAACCGACUGUCUCUCCGACUCCUUCCGCCGCUCGUCCUUUGCUGAGAGCCAGGUGCUGAAAAUGAACUUUCUUGCAUCAGAUGACGAUUUCAAUGACGACGAAGAGACCGGAUUGACAGCCAAGGAGCGCAGACGGAGAUGGAAGCUGCGAAAGCGACAUCGCCGGGAGCUAGAUGCCAGGAUCGUUAAUGUUAAGAUCUCCAAGGAUGACCGCCGGAUGGCGGAUAUAGCCGUCUUGAAAAGGCUGGGCAUGAAUGCUAUUCUGAUUGGAUUGUGGUAUAUCUUCUCGUUGUCAAUAUCAAUUUAUAAUAAAUGGAUGUUUUCACCCGAUCAUCUCGAUUUCAAAUUUCCCCUUUUCACCACUAGUCUACAUAUGGUGGUGCAGUUUACCCUCUCCUCAGUUGUCCUCUACUUUUUCCCUUCGCUGCGACCGCAUGACCCUACUGCAGCCUCCUACACGGCGAUAACCGGAGAGCCGCCACAGCCAGUCGUAUCAAGACAUUUCUAUCUUUCCAAACUAAUACCCUGCGGCGUUGCAACCUCUCUUGACGUGGGAUUGGGGAAUAUGUCUCUCAAAUUCAUUACCCUCACAUUCCUAACCAUGUGCAAAUCUUCCUCCCUCGUUUUCGUCCUCCUCUUUGCAUUCUUCUUCCGCCUAGAGACCAUGUCCCUCAAACUCAUCCUCAUCAUAUUUACCAUGACCAUCGGCGUAGUUAUGAUGGUAGCUGGAGAAACAGCAUUCAACGCUCUCGGCUUUAGCCUCGUCAUUGCCUCUGCUUUCUUCUCCGGCUUUAGAUGGGGGCUCACCCAGAUCCUCCUCCUCCUCCAUCCCGCCACCUCAAACCCCUUUUCCACCCUCUUCCUUCUGACCCCGAUAAUGUUCAUCAGCCUAAUAAUACUUUCUGUUUCCGUGGAAGGACCCCUCAAUAUCUUCCACGGCAUCCGCUUGCUAACCUCAAACGGUGUCCUACGUGGCAUUGGCAUCCUCAUCUUCCCGGGAUGUCUAGCGUUUUGCAUGAUCGCAUCGGAAUUCGCGCUCCUCAAGCGCUCCUCUGUCGUUACCCUAAGUAUCUGCGGUAUCUUCAAAGAAGUCGUCACCAUCAGUGCUGCCGGUAUCGUUUUCCACGAUCCGUUGACUCCAAUCAACGUCUCAGGCCUCAUCAUCACCAUUGGGACCAUCGCGUCCUACAAUUACAUGAAAGUCACAAAGAUGCGACAGGAGGCCUGUCUCGACGUUGCAGAGAACACCAAUAAGAUCUCCAGGGACCCCGACGACGACGACGAAGAAGAAGCAAUAUUGCCCUCCGCCACGAGAAGUAACCUGCCCCAAAGUGGUAGCGAUAAUGCCCAUAGUAAUAGUAAUAGUAAUGCCACACUGCCCAGCCUGGCCACCCGCUUCGGCCCUUCCCUCAACACCUCCACAACGAUUAGAGAUGGUACAUACAGCCCCAUAGAAACACCAGUUUCCACCACUAACGACAGUGAUGAAAACACAGUGAUAACUCCAAGCGGUAGCGGUGAAGAUCGUGGCUACCUAUCCGUCCGCGCCAGGGUGCCUGGUCCUGGCACCUCUUCUUCCCCAGCAGGAGGAGCCGACCCGUCCCUCCACUCUCUGCUCCGCAACACUCCCACUGGCGGUUCCAGUGCUACGCAUGGUAAACCCGGUGACCAGGCACCAUCUGCUCGUGUGAUACCGCCUCCAGCGAUUGGAUUGGGGCUUGUUGCUCUGCAGAGAAGCGCGAGUGGGAAGGGGAUAUCUGCUUCACCGAUCAUGCCGCUGCUAAAGACGACGACCCCGGAUAAGAUUAGUCAGGAUUGA